AUGCCUGUGGGCCAGCAGUGUGCAGUGUACCGGCACGCUGCCUUUGGCAGAGCGAAGGGCUAUAGUUCUAGAGCUGUCUACGAACCAAAUGGUCAGUUGCCUCCAUCCUGCGUGAGGCAGUUUGCGAUUGAGCAAGGACUGAAAAUUCAUGACUGGCCACACAGCGUCCCAAUGAAUCGAUACGACGUCGGUAUCAUUGUAUCUUUCGGACACCUUAUACCACCUGCUACCAUUGAGAGUUUCCCAUGGGGCAUGUUGAACGUGCAUCCUAGCGCUCUGCCUCGCUGGCGAGGUGCUGCCCCUGUAAACCACACAAUUCUGGCCGGAGACACGCACGCAGCAGUCACAAUCAUGCAGAUACAGCCGAGAUUUGAUGUAGGCCCUGUACUAAAGCAAGAGAUAGUUCCAGUACCUGAGAACUGCAUGGCUUCAAAACUUAGGCAACAGCUUGCACAGAAAGGGGCAAUGAUGCUAGUCGACUGUUUAGAGAAGUUACCCUCUGUUGUCGCCAAUGCCAAGGCGCAGUCAAAAGAAGGCAUCACACAAGCACCAAAACUUACUGCUUCUAUGAGUGCAGUAAAUUUCUGUGUGAACACUAAGAACGACAUUAACAUCAGAUAUCGCGCACUCAGCGAGACGUUUCCUCUGCAUUGCUUGUGGAAUCGCGAACCAGUCAAACUCUAUAAUAUGUUGCCAUUACAGCAGUGUGAUAACCUCGUGGUGGAGAGUGGUGGAGAAAAGCCUCCAGGCAGUAGCUUCUACCACAAGUGUCGACAAUUAUUGUGCAUCAAAUGCAAGGAUGGGUGGGUGGCAUUUGGGGGCAUAUGUCCACUUGGGAAGAAGCAAAUGACAGCCAAGGAAUUUUAUAAUGGUUUCCUAUCAAAAGCCAAGUUUAAUAGUGUGUUGUUUACAACUUAA